AUGGAUUAUUAUAUACUUGUGUUCGUAUCAAUUUUUGCUUUGAUUUUUCUUUAUAUUAUAGCAAAAAUAAGCAACAAAGGGAACAAAAAACUUCCACCAGGUCCAUCACCAUGGCCAAUUAUUGGCAACUUUCAUUUGUUAGGUGCAAAACCUCAUAUAUCACUAGCCAAUCUUGCAAAAAACUAUGGUCCAAUUAUGAGUUUAAAGUUAGGACAAAUAACAACAGUGGUUAUUUCUUCUUCAAACAUUGCAAAACAAGUCCUCCAAAAUCAAGAUCAAGCCUUUUCAAUUAGAUUUAUUCCUAAUGUUCUUCAAGCACACAACUAUUCCAAAUUCUCCGUGGUAUGGCUUCAUGUUUGUCCUCAAUGGCGAAUGCUUCGAAGAAUAUUGAAUACAAAAAUGGUCUCACCUAAUAGUCUUGAUGCAAAUCAACAUCUAAGAUCUCAAAAGGUGAAAGAAUUGAUUGAUUAUUGUGAAAAAUGUAGUCAACAAGGUGAAGCUUUGGAUGUAAGUCAAGUUGCUUUCAAGACUAUUCUCACUUUGUUGUCGAACACCCUUUUCUCCAAGGACUUGGCUAACCCUUUUUCGGAUUCAAAGGUUGAUGAGUUGAAGGAUGUUAUUUGGCGCAUCAUGAAUGAGGUUGGGAAGAUCAACCUAGUGGAUUUUUUCCCCAUACUUGAAAAGAUUGAUUUUCAAGGAAUAAGGUGUCAUGCAGCCAUUCAUAUUGGUAAGUUGUUUGAACUUUUUGAUGGGUGGAUCAAUGAGCGAUUGGAGGAAAAGAGAAGGGGAUGCUGUGAAAAGAGUGAUGUUCUGGAAGUGCUUCUCAACGCAGAAAAUACUCAAGAGAUCAAUCAGAAUCAUAUAAAAUCCAUGCUCCUGGACUCAUUUAUUGCUGGUAUUGAUACAACUACAAACACACUAGAAUGGGCAAUGGCAGAAACGCUUAGACAACCAGAGAUUAUGAAAAAAGCCCAAGUUGAGCUUGCAGAAGUCGUUGGAAAAGGAAAAUCAAUAAAAGAAGAUGAUGUAUCCCGACUCCCAUACUUGCAAUUUAUCGUCAACGAAACACUAAGAAUGCAUCCACCAGCUCCAUUCUUAAUCCCACGCAGAGUAGUCCAUGAUGUUAAAUUGUUUGACUAUAUCAUCCCGAAGGGUUCAUUGGUACUAGUCAACGUGUGGGCGAUUGGUCGAGAUUCUACUUUUUGGGAGGAACCUUUGAUAUUUAAACCUGAGAGAUUCCAGAGUUUAGAAUUGGAUGUGCGAGGAAAAGAUUUUGAAUUGAUUCCAUUUGGUGCUGGUCGAAGAAUAUGUCCUGGCUUGCCUCUUGCAUUGAGAAUGGUUCACGUUAUGUUGGGCUCGAUGGUGAAUUCGUUCAAUUGGAAACUUGAGGCGGGCAUUGACCCAAAAGACCUAGACAUGGAUGAGAAAUUUGGUUUCAUCACACCCAAAGCUCAUCCUUUACGAGUUAUCCCAUCUCCUCUUUGA